CACUAAUUCUAUAAACUACUGUUGACAUUGAAAGGCUUCUCAUCUUUGCGGACAUCCGGCCACAUCGCUCUGUGUAUAUCACGUGCCAUUUUUCUCAAUUAAGUCGUGUAUUUGGUUGAUGAUUGAGAAAACCAUUUCACAAUACCGAGAUUACUGAAGCUCAUUAAAUACAGCGCCACCAUACAGUCAGCACAUAGAUUUUGGAAUCAGGUAACUUUAAGAAAUCGUAAGUGUGAAGCGCAUUUGCGUCUUCCAGUUCAAACGACGAGUAUGGGCUGCUUUACCUAACGGCAAAUAAGACAUCUUACUCGGUCGAUGAUAGGCUACGAACUGCUAAUCCAUCAGAAGCAGUACUGUACGUGAUAAUAACAGUUAUGAUCGUUUGCUGAAGAUAAGAUUACAGGGUAGUGAUGAAAUCAUAAGGAUGUUACACGUAUCCAGUUUGUUGAUCGAUACUGCAAUGCCAGCUAAAUCGGCCAGCAGUGCUACACACAAGCACAGAACACAGAGAAUGUCUGGCAAUUCUGUAGGAUCGGAGAUAGUUGCAGCUCCAAUGGAGUCUGUUCAUAUAGUGGUGUUGGGAGCACCUGGUGUCGGCAAGACCUCGUUGAUUGAGCAACAUGUAACUUGCCGCUUUCCCGAAAUCCCAAAACCGACGACUGUUGCGUCAGUUUAUACCACAGCUGCAGUAUUAGAUUCACAACUUUUUGAAAUCAAUAUCGUGGAUAUGCCGACGAUACCCUUUUAUCCUCUUGAAGAUUCAAUCCGAAGGCCGUCGGAGGAUGAGAUGAACGGUUAUGCGUCAGCAAUCUCCGCCGCUGAAGCGUUGAUUUUUGUAUAUGAUAUAAACUCCCCAGAUACCUUUGAAUAUAUAAGAGAACUAAGAGAACAUAUUCUAGAUUGUUACGAAGAUGAUGCAGAAGUGCCGUUUAUGGUAGUCGGUAAUAAGCAGGAUCUAGAUUCGAAGCGUCAUCCUCGAAGACAUUACUCUCAAGUUGUUAGAAAAUCCUGGAAAUGUGGAUAUCUAGAAUGCUCAGCCAAAUUCAAUUGGCGCGUUGUCACGCUAUUUAGUGAGGUUAUGCGCAUGAUAACAGGUACGAACAGCAAAGACAGCCAUUCCAGUGGUAAAAUCAGACUUCUUAAGAACAAGAAAUGCUCAAUAAUGUGACCGCAAUCCAGGUAAUUGGGGUCUAAAAACUCAAUUAUUUAGAUUCUGCCUAAUGAUCAUGGAAUGAAACUAGAUUUCCAACCGGAUGGACUUUCGUUUAGGCCUAAUAAUUUGAACGGAGCAUAUUAUAUUUUGCUUGUACAGUAUAUCAGCAACAUCGAAGUAUCGUGUAUUAUUGGACACCGUAUGCAAGUCUAACACGUUUGUUUGCUUCCGCUCAUAUCUCUUAAGUGCUUUGCAAAUAUUUUAUCAGAAUAAAGAGACGCACUCGUCUGUUGUGUUUCAAAAUAUAAGUUAUUGUAUAGGCCUAUUAUUCAGGAUAUAAUUGAGUUUUAUCAGAACAACUUGAUCUCACUGAAGUGUGAUUGUUUUGAACUCGUCGGAAAAAAUAACUAGGACUAUGCCCGGCAUCUACAUUGACUGACGUAUUUCCGCAGUGCCUAAUGCCUGAUUUUCGGUAAUGUAUUUAAAUCGAUGUGUGAUUUAACAUUUUAAUGACUGCUACAUUUCAACGUAUGCAAUGUCGUGAGGAAGACAAAAUGUAAAUACAAAACUAUUUGAAGGGCAUUCCAAUCAAAUACUGUACUCAAAGCUUUAUUGUAGAAAACAUGACCCGCUUAAGACUAUACCAACUUGAUUGUGAUUCACAUAUGAGUGAGGUAGUUGUCAUAGUUCUAUUGCUCUUUGUACACAACAUUAUCCUCUUUACAUAAGCCGUACCGGUACCAUAUUUUGUAGGUAUUGUUACGUCGUGUUUUGACAAUAAAGCUUGGAAUACUAUUAUUGGUUUUCCCGAUGCGAGCCGCUACAACAGCAUCUGCAGUUUGAGGAUUUUCUACACUGUUCCAAAUGCACAGUGUUAUAACACUUUUGUAACAGAAUUAUAUUAAUGUCCAACAUCUGUUAUCAAUAGAUCACAAAUCAUUGGUAUCAAUAAUAGAUAAUAAUAAUAAUAAUAAUAAUUAUAAUUAUAAUUAUAAUAAUUAUUAUUAUUACUCUUAUUAUUAUUAUUAUUAUUUUAUUGUUAUUUCCCAAACCUAACAUGUUAUGCCUCAGAAUCUGUUAGAAUCAUUGUCAAAUUCCUGUUUUUUUUAAAAUCAUGAAUUCUCAAUUAGGAAAUCUAGUCUACAGGUAGAUUUUAUUGUUGAAUUCCGUCUAAAAAACAACACUCAAAUCAACGAUUCAAGAACCAUUGCUCUUUAAACAGAUGUACGGAUGGAGUCUUAGUGUCGAGUAAUAUUUCACGAAUGUCGCAGUAAAAACGACUCUCUUGA